AUGCGGUGUCUUAUGGUGUUUGACAAUUUAAACGACAUAGUGUUCAUGAAAUGCGACAUUGCAUUCUGCCAACACAUUCGGAAAAUCGGGAUUUCGCAAGACCUUAUAAAACCAACAGAGAAUGAAAAUGAAAACUGUGAAAAAAUUGAUUCAGAUCUAAUACUUCAGAUUUUUUCACCAAUGGUUACGUCUCAGAGAAUUAUGAAUUGUCAUUUUUCAAAUCGGUAUACCUCAAUGCAGUGUCAAAAUGGAACAAAUAUUGUUUUUGAUGAGUACUUGGGUCAUUUGUUCAUUUAUAUUGGUGAUAUGGAGGUGUCUUGGCAACAAAAAAUACUUAGUGUAUCAAUUUUAUUUAUAAAAAGAAUCUGUGGUUCUGAUGUUUCAUUAUUGAAAUAUAGUCGCCGUCGUCGUUUUCUGGUUUCUAAGCUUUUAGACGUUUGGUUAAAACGUUCAAGUGAAGAACAAUGUGUAUUAAUUGAAGCCGUUGAACAAUUAACUGUCAGUGCAGAACUUUCUACAGCUGCAUUAACUGCUGCUAAAACAGCAGCCGAAAAAAUGAAAACAAAAUCUGCCUUUUCUAGGGUUCAUAUUCUCAUAAUGGUUCGACAAAAAUUUUUGACUUUGUAUUCUAGUCGCAAUGCAACUGAUCUGGCUGCGGGUGAUACAUUAUUCUUAGCACUAUUAGCUGAGGCUAUACAAUCAGUUGAUUCGGAACCCAAGGAUAAAUCAGAUCUUGAUGUAAUUAUUGUGGAAAAAGACGAUUCACUACAGUUGGAAAAUAAUGUGCCACGAAACAAAAUUAACAGUUUACUGAUUCUUUUGGGUCAAAAUGGAUUAAAAUUAAAUGCUGUACAUUUAUCAUAUAUAACUGAUGGUGUUCCAUUAUUUAUCAUUCAUGAGAUUGGUAAUGAAGUUUUUAAUAGUAGUGUAAUUGAUGCAUUAACAUCAUUUUGCUCAAUCCAAGAAAUCCAAAUUCGAGGAACUGUAGAUCGUGAAGCACUUAAAAUUGCUUAUGAUACAGUUGAUAGUUCCAUGAAAAAAAUUAUUGAUUUGUUUAAAAAGAAAAAUGCCCCAUUUGCUCCAACUCGAAGUGUUCUUGCCAUAAUUACCACUUUAGCUACCAGAUGGGAGCCAUUAAAAAAGAAAUACAUCGAGUACUUUAAAAAUAAUGAUAGUUCAUCAUUAGUUGCUAUAGAAUCAAGCAACUUAAAUAUUAUAUGCAGUCUAAAAAAUCUUCAUCAUCAUUGUAUGCUCAACGAAUCAUUGAUUGACAAUUAUACAAAAGAAGCAGUAAAUGAAGCUUCUGCAGUGGUCGCUGUUAUGUUACGUGAUUAUACUUCAUUUUUUGAGGUGAAAGCGAUGAAUAAUUUCACAAUGAGAUCAAGGUCGACAUUAAAUAUUAAUAAAUAUUUAGAAGAAUUCCCAGGUCUAGUACAUUUUAUCUAUGUAGAUCGAAUGUCUCAUCGUAUGAUAGCUCCAGGGUUGGAGUUUGCAUCACAAGAAACACUUGAACUCACUAAAAAAAAGGUAUGGUCUAUGAUCGAUUUUAGUAGACAGCAUCUGAGAGAUGGACAUUUUAUUGUUCUAUGGAAAGAUAACACUUUUACAUAUUCCUAUUUUUUGUGGUUUGAAGAUCAAUCAGGUACAUCGAUAAAACCAAGAGUUCAACCCACAACUUCAGAGUUAUUUCCAGGAAUAUUAAAUGGUGAUUACUAUGAAAAGCUUAUGGAACAAUGUUUUCCAAGAAUACCUAAAGGAAAAGUACGCUGUUUUGAACUAUUCUGUGUACAUUUAGGACUAGCAACUGCUUCCUGUGUGUUAGAACACUCUCGGAGAUUAUCAGCUACUGUAUGGGAAGUAACUGGAAGACCUAGUAAUCUUCUAGAUUUGUUUUAAACUGUUUUUUUUAAAUGUUUCAUUUUUUUUUUUUUUUUUGUGUGUUUUAUAUAUAUAUACA